GAGUGUUCGCAGCACACUUUCGUUUAGUUGUUACUAUUAUGGGCACUACACGUGGGUGAUAAGUCGACGUGAACUUAUGAUGCAGUCAUGGCUGAAGGCUCGAAAAGUACCUACGUCAUCAGAUCCAUUUUUAUAUGAGAGAGAUGAUGAUCACAAGAAAAUGUAUGGUAGAAAUUGGGCUUCCAGUCCCUGGAAGGUACCUCGUUCAGUGAGCUUAAUUAUUGCUGUGUUAAUUAUUGGCAUCCUACUCACGGCAUUAAACGUGUACGAACUUCGUCGCCUUCAGAAAGAUCAAGAACUUCAUAAUAAUUUUCAUCUGAAAGAAAAGGUUAAGGCACCAGAGGAGUUUCAGAGUCGUAUUGUAUGGGUUCAUGGGAAGAAGCUAGAAACUGGGUACUUGAAACAUGUGUUUGCUGUCUUUGAAAGACUGGGUUUUCAGCAAGGUGACAGUCAGUCCAAGUGGGAUGUCCUAUGGGCUCAUGACUACCCUUUUACAGAACUGUCUUCAUAUAUGCAGACCCUAAAGCCUCACCAGAAAGUAAACCAUUUCCCAGGCUCAGGUUACAUCACCAACAAAGUGAACUUAGCCACAUCUAUGCUCAAACACAUUCCACCAGCUUUCAAGAUCCCUACUGACAAGGAGAAACUGUUGCAGUAUGCUAGAGAGAACCCUUGGAAGAUGUGGGUCCAGAAGAGCAACAGUCAUAGAGGAAUAAGUGUGCAAAAAAUAGGAGAUUUAGAUCUCGAGUCUGAAGGCACCUUUGUACAAGAAUAUAUUCAUAAUCCACUACUUAUUGAUGGCAGGAAAUUUGAUGUUGGAGUUUAUACCAUUUUAACAUCAGUAGAUCCAUUACGGGUUUAUAUAUUUGAUGGAGACAUAUUGCUGCGAUUUUGUGUCAAAGAAUAUUAUCCAUUUGAUCCAGUCGAUCUAGAAACAUAUGUUGUAGGAGAUGAUUACUUACCUAUAUGGAAG